CGGGCGGGAAAGGCGGGCGGGCAGCGCCAUGGAGGCGGCGGGGGAUGAGGAGCGGGCCCUGCUCACGCAGAGGCUGAAGGCCGCGGUUCACUACACGGUUGGCUGCCUGUGCCAGGAUGUGGCAGAAGACAAGGACGUGCAGUUCAGCAAACAGACCAUCGCCGCUAUCUCGGAGAUCACCUUCAGGCAGUGCGAGACCUUCGCAAAAGACCUUGAAAUGUUUGCAAGGCAUGCAAAACGAAGCACAGUCACUACAGAAGAUGUGAAGCUGUUGGCUCGAAGGAGCACGUCUUUGCUAAAGUUUAUCACCCAGAAGAGCGAAGAGAUCGCAUCAAGUAACAUGGAGCAAAAGGAGAAGAAGAAAAAGUAGUCCAGUGCAGCUGAGGAAGGGAGAGCUGCUGGGGAACAAGAAACAGCCGUGACUGAAAGUGAAAAUUCCAACAUGGCAUGAUUCACCCUUCAAGUAAUGUCUCUGGUCAUUUUCUCUUAUUAUCCUUGAGGAACCACAGUUACUGUAUUAGAGAUUUCUCUUCCAGGUUAGCAACAGUAAUGAAUCUUUGGGGCUUUAGGUGAACAUGAUUAGUUGGAUUUUUUUUUUGUUGUUGUUGUUCCAAAAAUGAACGGUUUGUCAGAAUUCAGUGACACAGCCAAAAUGCCUUAAUUGCUCACAGAAAUGUAUCUUACUGUUAUUAAAAUGAAAAUCCUUUAAAUACAGAGUGUAAAGCAGAACAUUCUCACUGACCGAAA